AUGAGGACAUCACAACGCAACCGUGCUGAUGCGAAUCCUGGUAUCAGCAGAAGUUCCAGGAGAUGGAGACCAAUGCCGGCUCGGCCGGAGAAGACCUCCGCAACACUAAGACUGAGAUUGCUGAGCUCAACCGUAUGAUUUCACGCCUCCAGAAUGAGAUUGAGUCAGUCAAGGGACAGCGUGGCAACCUGGAGGCCCAGAUCGCUGAGGCUGAGGAGCGUGGUGAGCUGGCUGUCAAGGACGCCAAGGCCCGUAUCAGGGACCUAGAAGAGGCCCUGCAGAGAGCCAAACAGGACAUGACCCGCCAGGUCCGUGAGUACCAGGAGCUCAUGAAUGUCAAGCUGGCUCUAGAUAUUGAGAUUGCUACCUACAGGAAGCUACUGGAAGGAGAGGAGGACAGGUAAAUGCUACUUUGGACUCACAAAACAUUUCA